UUUAAUUGUAAUAAAUUACAUAAAAAUUGUGUCUGAUUAGAUUUAAAAUCAAUUCAAAUUAGUUCCAAUUAUGCAAAAUAGACAGCACAUUAACAUUGUGAAGAACAUGCUUUAAAAUAGAACCACAAUGUCAGUUUAAAGAUUAAAAAUACAAAAAAUAAACAAAGAAUGGAGAGAAAAAUUGAAAUUGGCUUUUUAUUGGACGACAUUCAGUUCUCUCAACAGCUUGAUGCUGCUCUCAUUAAUCAGCCAACAUUUGAAAUCUUAAUAAUUAUCAACAUCCUCACAGCAUCUAAAGCUCUUCAGCUAGUUUCUCAAAAAUGGUUUCAAUCAUUAAUAUCCAACCAGGAACACUUGGUUGCCAUCAUAUUAAGCAUCAAUGAAGCUUUUAACGAUGAUCUUCCUGCCAAUUUGGAUUUAAUCUUCAAACCCUCAAUUUUGAUAGCAUUUCAGUCGACAAUUGGUGAGCGUGGAAGUAAAACUUAUUGGAAAACUGCUGGACGUGAUAAAUUUUAUACACUUGGCAUUAAUGAUGAUCCAACUGAUGAUGUUACUUCCUUUUGUCAUGAGUUUCUGGUUGAUGAGAUCAAAAGUAAUAGAAGUGGAAUCCUCGAAAACUUCCAACUCAAAGAUAAAAUUCGUCUGCAAGAAAUCGGGGAUAGCAACGGAAGGAACCUCUUAGCCUUAGCAACAUCCAAAACACAACAAAAUGUCGUCAAAAAUCUUCUCAACCACGACUUUGAUUCUGAUGAUGUGAUUGAUGUAGCUUGGGAUUUGUUCUUAGGAAUUGAGGAUGACAAUGAAAAGAAGCAGGAAGCCAAUGAAAUAAUUUUAAGCCUUCUUAGUGCCAAUUCAAAAUUCCCAGAUGAUUUUGAGUACGAAAAAGCAUCAAAGGAAGUCAAAGAAUUUGUCGAUAAAUGCGAAAGCCUUCAUGAAGAUGUAGAUGAAGAUAACUUUGAUGCUCUCAAGUUGAAGCUUGAAUCUGACCCAAAUUUAAUACAUUUUUACAGCCGUGACAGUGAAUCACUGCUAGCUUACUCCUUAAGAAUGAGGAAAUUCAAGAUCUUCGAUCUUCUCGACAAAGGAAUCACAGUUGGAAGUCACGAAGAUCUUGAUGAAGUCUACGAGAACAUGUACGUCCUGGAAUGCCUUAAAUUACAAGAACAACACAAAAUAAAUGCAAAAGAAUUUCCAGAAACUCACAUUUUCAUCCUCAGAUCAAAGUCAAGGAUUGGCAACAACGACAAACUUAGUCACAAAAACUGGAAGUUCAUCGACGAAGCUUUCGAGAUGCUCAACAAAAAUGGCUUUAUCAGAAAGAUCCUCAAAGUUGCUGCUGAAUUUAAGAAGCUUAAAAUUUAUUUUGACUUCAAGCACGACUCAACUUACUAUUUAGAUCCAGCAACAUCAAUCUACUCGAAAGGAAUCAUCUACGAAGGUGGUUCAAUCUUCAUUGGCGCCAAACAUUUGAUAGACGAUGAGAGGAAGUUCGCUGUGUUUGGUGUGCUGGCUCAUGAGCUUUGUCAUCUUGCUGUCUUUAUGGCAUUCAUGAAUCGCAACUUUGAUCCAUUUCCAGUUGGUGAGAGUGUCAUUGGAACUAGAUUUAAGGAACAAGUCAUGGUUCAAUGUAAGGAACGUGAGGAAGCAGAAGAAAUUGUCGCAAAUGUGUUCAGUAGUUAUGCUAAGGAUGUUCAGGACUCUGAGAUGAUUGUGACUGUGCCUCAAAUGUUGAUGCAUUAUGUCAAUGACAGUGCAAAGAUUGAGGAACUGGAAGGAACUUUUGAGGAUUUAUUUAAAUAUUGUCGAGAAGUUGUUGAUCCAGAGCUGGACAAAGCACUGCCAGUGCUGAAACAACUUGGAGAUGAUGAAAAAGUGAUUAAAUUUGCAGACCUUACGGUUCCAAUGAAGGCAAAGGUUCUGCAUUCAAAGUUGAAUUUUCAAGGAUCUGAGACAACCUUCAAUGACUUAAUUGGAGAUGAUCAGGAUGUCUUCAAUCUCUUGUCAUCUGGAAACAUUCGAAGACUGCUGAUCAAAAAUGGUAAGCUUGAGUACAGUUCCAUUUGUGAAUUGAACCUUAAAUACGGAAUGAUUGAAAGGAAGUUCAUCGAAAGUAAUGUGGACGAAAGACUUAAAUUAAUGGAUCUGAAUGCUUAUGUUGAGGAAGCUAAGAAAUACACAAAAGGUUUAGAAGCAGCUGAAGUGUUUUUACUAGCUGACUAUGCAGGAACUGGAAAGACAACAAGUUUUAAAGAUUCAGCAAUAAAAUUGAAAGAAUUGAACAAGAACUUUUGGAUUUCGUACAUCAAUUUAAGGAGUCACGGAUCGACUUUUGAGAAGUUCAAGGAUAAAGCUAAGGAACUAAAGUUUGAUGACAUUUGUGAGAUUUUACUUGAAAUUGUGGAUCAAGAGUCGGAAGUUGAAGAGGAAAUCUUUACAAAAUUAUUUUCGACAGGCAAGACAAUGCUCCUGUUUGAUGGAUUCGAUGAAGUAAGCCCAAGAUACACAGAAAUUAUCUUAAAGAUCCUCGAACUGCUAACAACAAAUGAAGUCAAAAAUCACGUCUGGAUCUCAACACGUCCACAUUAUUCUAAUAAAUUAGUUGACCUCCUGAAAGUUCCCGUCCACAAAUUCGUUGGAACGACUCAUUUUGAGAGAGUUGACAUGAUUAAUAGAAUUUUAGAUGCUCAUAAAGUCACUGAACAGCUGAGAAUCUUACAGAAUGUCAAUAUGUAUAUUUAUGGAUUCUUCACAACCGACAGAAAUACUUACAACACCCUGAUUGACAAUCCAUUGAUGAUUCAAAUGAUAACGGAACUGUUCAUUGACAAUUCAAUCCAAAUUGAUGACAUUAACAUUUGUAGGCUGUACCUUAAAAUGAUUGAUAAGCAAAAGGAGAAAGUUGGGAUAAAAAUUCCGAAUUCUGAACGAGAUCCGACGGGGAAGUUGUCAGUUUGGGAUGUCCAUAGAGUGUUAGCAAUCAUUCUUGUAUUUGGCGAUGAUUUUGAGGACCAACUUGGAUUUAAGAUUGAGGAACUGGGAAUAAUGAAGAAGUGGAAGAAAGAGAAGAAGAACUGGACUUCCGACAUGAUUCAACGUUAUGGAUUUGUGAUUGUGGACUUGAAUGCUGUUGAUUUGAGGAACUCAAUUGAUUUUGUCCAUAGAACUUAUGCUGAAUUCUUUAUUGCUCAAUUUUUGAUGGAUUUUGUGUUUGAUGACAACGAGGAAGUCAGCGAAGUGGAAGUGAAGAGGAAAUUUUCAAUUCUAGACUUAAUAAUGAUUGAAAAUGCUGCUUUUAAAGUUAUUUUUGAUUUUAUGUUGAAGUACUUUGAAGUAUAUCCUGAAAAUAAGCUGUUUGAUGAUACAGUCCACGACAUGAUUUUACUGGAAAUUGACAAAAUUCAUGCUGCAAAUUCAGAAGAUUUAUUCACAAAAUUCUCAAAUUAUGCAAAAUUCAUAAAACACAACCAAGAACUAACCUCAAAAUUGUGGCUUUUAAAUCAGUCGAAGAACAUUUUUCAAAAAUUAAUUCAAAAAAAUUACAAAAAUUAUUCAAAAAUGACAAAAACUGCAGAAUUUUGUUUCGAAUCAAAUUGGCAUCAAAAGUUCAGUAAAAAUGACACUAAGCUAGUCGCAGAUGAAGCUUUAAAUGCAAUUGAUGGAAUGUCUUACAACGAAUUUGUCUUAAAUUCUGAUAAAAAUUCACUAAAAUUCUACGAUUUGGUUAUGAAAACUUUUGAAGAAGAAGAAAAAGAAAUGUUUUUGGAGAAUUUUGAUAUUAAUGAAGUUUGGGCAGUUGGAGCUCAAAUUGAGAUUAUUUUUAAAAUUAAUGAAAGUUCUCAAAUUAUGCAAAAGUAUUUAAAUGACUUGAAUUAUUCUCAAAUUUCUGUAGACAAUUUUAAUCGUCUUUUAUGUCAAAUUGAGAAUAUUUUGAAUAAUGAUCAAAACUUGAUAAGAAACUUUUUAUUUAAAAAUGAAGAAUUGACAAUUUUUAAAGAUUUUGCAUCAGAAAAUCAAGAAAUAAUCACAGUUUUGAACAGAUUUGUGGCAAAAUACGGAGAAAAUGAAUCCGAUGGGGUAUGUCCAGCCAAAAAAAUGAAAUUUAACUGAAAUUAAAA